GGCAAAGCCGCAGAGCUCUCUGCUGAAGCACUCGGGGUCGGGGCCCCUGCCCCUGUAACUGGGAUUUGUCUCUCCUAGUGAGAAAGGAGCUCAUGGCCGAGGCCGCUGCAAGUGAGAAAGGAAUCUCCGCUGACAAAGAGGACCCGGCCCCCCCAGACACCGAAGCGGCAGCCAGACCCUCUGUUUCGGGGGUUUAUUUCACCUGUCCCUUGACUGGUGCGGUUGUAAGGAGAGACCAGAAAGAGAAGCACCUCCGCGAAGCCAUCCAGCUGUAUUCUUCCACCGACCCCGUGGCCGCCUCCGUCCUGGAGAUUCACACCUUCAACAAGGACCGGGAGAAAGUCCGCGUGGGCGUGGAGACCAUGGCCAAGUACCUGGACAACAUCUACCUCCAUCCAGAGGAGGAGAAGUACCGGAAGAUCAAACUGCAGAACAAAGUGUUUCAGGAAAGGAUAAACCCCCUGGAAGGGGCGCACAGCUUCUUCCAGGCUGUUGGGUUUGAGACGAGAACGCUGCCCGUUCCGGGACAAGAGAGCACGGAGGAGUACUACGUGCUGAAGGAGGAGAUGCUGAGCAGGUUAGAAGACCUCAAGGGCUACAAAGAGCAACUUUUAAGCUCGGAGCCGGUGCGGCCGCAGCUGGAUCGCCAGCUCUGUGUCUUUAAGCCCUCGCCUGAGGCCGCUCGGUUUGAGCUGCCGGAUGAUUUCUUCAGCCUCACUGCAGAGGAGAUAAAACGUGAGCAGCGGCUCCGGACAGAGGCGGUGGAGAAGGCCUCGAUGCUGCGGACACGAGCCAUGCGAGAGAAGGAAGAACAAAGGGAAAUGCGGAAGUACAACUACACCCUGCUCCGAGUCAGGUUUCCUGACGGAUACAUCCUCCAAGGGACUUUUUAUGCAAGAGAAGCCGUAUCUGUGCUCUACAGCUUUGUGAGAGAAGCCCUCAGAGAUGACUGGCUGCCCUUUGAGCUCCUGGGACCCGGAGGUCUCAAAGUGACUGAUGAGAACUUGGCCUUCAAUGAGUGCGGGCUGGUGCCCUCGGCCCUCCUGACCCUUGUGUGGGACGCAGCGGUCAUGUCAGACAUCCAGGCAUCCGGCCAGGAGCAGCCAACGAGCCCCCUGAAACCAGAACUUCUCUCUAGGGUCCAGACGCUGUCUUGAAAUAAAGGGGAAUGGAUUCAGUGAC